AUGAGGAUAUGUGGCGUCAUUUCACGUGGAAAAUCGGCAUCUCCUACUGAUAGACCGUCGUCGCCGAUAAUGUCCCCUUCUUCUCGUUCCACGUUUUCCAGCUUACCCAGAGCAUACACGGCAACUUCGGCAUCACUAGACCCGCGUACCUCACCUGCCUGGACGAGGGAGAAGCAUGGAGAACCUGAUCAUCAUUAUUCAGUGCAGUCUCCAUACAUGUAUAAGCCAACAAAUCCGAAGCCCUACUACACCAACCAUCUUCCCCGAGUCAACGAAGUCGAAAGUGUUUCAAUGGGCAACGCGACCCGAUUUCAACCUUCUGCGAAGCACCGUUUUAACUUCAAUGAGGAGAGAAACACGAGCUCGGAGUUCCAUUCUUCGUAUCCAGCCAGGAUGACAGCUUCAUCUGCUUACAUGGAUCGUGGCACAAGGAUGCAUAACUGGGAGAAGGAGUCAAGGGGUUACGAACAAGAUAUGCAGCCAUCGAACUUGAUUCGGUCCCUCAGUACCAGCGUCUAUGACCAGGUAUCCACCAAGGCGGAAUUGACACGUCAUGGGCUAGCGUCGCAGAAUCUAGCUCAUAAGUUUUCUCCGUGCUUCUCGCCUGAAUCUGUAUCAGGCGACAGCAUUGACAUGAUGAGCUCUGCAGGCGUAACCACGGACACAGGAAGCUGGGUGGAUGGACAUCAGGAAGCAGCUGCAGUAGAGAUCAAUCGGGAGAAGGCAUCAACUGCAAGUAAUGAUUUGCUUCAUUCCGAGUCUUCAACUAGGCGAUCAUCAACCUCAGGGAAAGUCCUUGAAAAGGCCUCGGCCCGUUCAUCAGGCAAUGACAAGGCAACCGUGGCAUCAGGUGGAAACGAUGCCCGAGAAGGCCAGGAGUGCAAGCAGCCAGCAUCAUCUUUCCAAAGUCUGAGCAGGGUGGUCGUUGCUGAGCUGUCAGUGUACAAGAAUGUGCCUCCUGAAGACAUUGUGAAGCUUUGGUCAGCCGUGCUCACUCUUAUUGGAUUCCGUGAUGCUUCAUAUGACUCAAGCAUGAAGACGAAGGCUGUGUGGAGGGACAUCCAGAAGCGGCUCAUCACUGCAUCCACGAACCAGCAGCACAAGAUAUCAAGCAUCUACUAUUGUUUAAAGGAGGCAGAAGCGAAGUUCCGAGGUCAGCCUCCAGAUGCUAGCACUGUGAGAGUUGUCAGGGCCACCCUUCCUGGAAUUGAGAGAGUCACAUCUUGCAGCAAGCCAGCCAAAGCUUUGCAUGCGUGGGUCAUUUCUGCCCUUGAGCCAUCUCUCAAGAAGACAUGA